UUGAUUUUGGUCAGAUACGCUCCUUGACUUUGAAAUCACUUCCAAAACUCAGAAGCUCUUGCUUGAAAGUGACGUCGAGUUAUGAAGAUGUUUUGGAGGAUUUUGGUUGAAUCAAACCUGCCACUUUUCAGUGAAACGGUUUUGUUUCCCAUUUUGCAGGUACUGGAACUGGCUGAAAUUAAUAUUCAGAAGAUUUGGCACAAUCAACUUCCAUCAAAGUCUUCUUCCAUUCAAAAUUUAACACAUUUAAUCUUGCGAGGGUGUGGUAAAUUAAACCAUAUUUUUUCAUCUUCUAUAUUACAAAGCUUUGUGAAACUUCAACACCUCGAAAUAUGCCAUUGUGAAAUUCUGGAAGAGGUCAUCUUCGUGGAAGAGCUCAGUGAAGAAGUAAGCGAGGGAAUAAUCUUCCCUUGUUUAGAGCGCCUGGUGAUAAAAGAUCUUGAAAAACUAACAAGUUUUUGCUCAGAAAUUCUCAUUGAAUUUCCAUCCAUGAAACACUUGGAGAUAGAGAAAUGCCCCCAGUUCAAGUCAUUCAUCUUGAUGAACAUAAACACAAACUCAGAGGAGAUUCAACCUUUCUUCAAUAAAAAGGUUGCGUUACCUAGCUUAGAAGAAAUCAUAAUGUCUGGCAUGGAUAACUUGAAGGUGAUAUGGAACCACCAACACCUUAGGCAUCCUUUUCAAAGACUAAAACUAAUUGAAAUCAAGAACUGUGAUAAGCUAUUGUCUAUUUUUCCUUUAGAUAUGUUUGAAAGGUUCUGGCAGUUAGAAACACUAACUGUUACUGCUUGUGGUUCGUUAGUAGAUAUAUUUGAUCUCCCAAGGUUAAAUGUUCAAGCUCAGUUAAAAGAAUUGUAUAUCCAUGAUCUACCAAAAGUGAAGCAUAUAUGGAAAAUGGAGUCCCAAGUAAAGCUUUCAUUUCCAAAGCUCUGCUUGGUGAAAAUUAUUGGAUGUCAGGGUCUAGAAAAUCUAUUUCCAGCCUCCAUUGCCAGGAGCCUUUUUGAACUUGAAGAGCUUGAGUUGGUUAAUUGUGGAAUGAAGGAGAUUUUUUCAAAAGAGGAAAGCAGAGAAUCAACUAUUAGGUUUGUCUUUCCAUGGAUAACAUUUCUUAAAUUCUCAAUGCUGCCACAACUUAGAUGUUUCUAUCCUGGAACACACACUUCAGAAUGGAUGACAUUAAAAAAGUUAGAAGUGCGUGAUUGUGACAAUGUGGAAAUAUUCACUUCAAAAUUUCUCAGCAACAGACUUGAUGUACCAGCAAAACAACCCCUCUUCUUUGUUGAAAAGGUCUUCCCAAAUUUGGAGGAACUGAAACUUGGUGGAAAAGUCAUUGCAAUGAUAUGGCAAGGGGCAUUUCAAGAACACCUGUUUCGCAGAGUUGAAAUUCUUCUCGUUGUUAAAGAUGAGUCAGAUGUUUUUCCAUUUCAUGCCUUUCAAAGAUUUCACAAUUUGGAAAAGCUCAUCCUAAGUCAUGGUUCAUACAAAGAGAUAUUCUCACAUGAGGAGGUAGACGAACAAGACGGACAUGCCAGUAUAUUGACACAGAUUAAAGAAAUAAAGUUGUUUGAACUUUCUAAACUAAAGUACAUGUGGAAACAAGAGUCAAAACUUAGCACAUUACUUCAGAAUCUUGUCUUUCUUGAGGUAUGGUGGUGCCAUAAUUUGAAUUAUUUAGUGCCAUCCUUGACAUGUUUCCACAAUCUAACAGUUUUGGAAAUAUGGUUUUGCAAAAAAUUGAAGAACUUAGUGGCACUUUCAACAGCCAAAACCCUGGUGCAACUCAAAGAAUGAAGAUUUGUGGAUGUUAAAUGAUGGUAGAAGUAGUAGCAAAUGAGGGAUAUGCAAUAGAAGAAGUUGAGAUUAACUUUUGGCAAAUUGAGGAGCUUAACACUUUUUGGUUUAGAAAGUCUUAGAAGCUUCUGUUCUGGGAAUUGUACUUUCAUAUUCCCAUUAUUAGAAGAAGUAUUCAUAAUAGAAUGUUCCAAUAUGACUUUUUUCUCGAACGGAGUUUUGAGCGCACCAAAUCUACAAGCAGUACAACAGAGUUGGGCAGCAGAUCUAUGGCGUUGGGACGGUGAUCUUAAUACAACCAUAUGACAGUUGCAUAAGAAAAUGCUCUUACACUCUCAGACUCUGACUCUCCGAAACUUUUGCUAUCUUUCCAUUUGAUGCUGAGAUCUAGCAACGACAACGACGAGUACUCUGAUUGCAUCAAAAAUGACGUCGAGGCCGACUUCAGUCCUGUCAAAUUGACAAUGCUGACUGCAUCAAAGCGCUAAAGUCGACGCUGCUUUUUCCCUUAAGAAAGUUAUCGGUGAAGGGGGCAGAAUUCUGUUACGGCCCAAGUAUAUGUGAAGAAAAAGAAAGAAGGAGGGAAGGCAAGAAGAAAGGAACGUGCAGAGGAGGACACUGGAAAGCAAAUCAUGAUGGCAGAGGGCUGUAAUUUUAAUGCAGAUGGCAGCAUUCCAGAAGCAGAUAUGGUAGCAGACAAGCAGCAAAAGUUUUGGGACCUGUUGGAAAAGAAAGAAAUUGUGAAGAUACUGGAAGCUGAGCUGGCGUGCAGGGAUUGGAAAAGCAGUUGUGAGGAAGUUAGAAAUAGGAUUCUGGAGAAGGAAAUGAGGGAGGAUCUUGAAAAAGAAGGGAUAGAAAGGAAGUGGGGGAAAGCUCCAGCCUCUCAAAAGCUGGAUGUCACUGAUUUGUCUUGAAUCCUUUGAGUCAUUGUAUUCAGCAUGGGAUGAGGGUUUUUGCUUGUUGCCGAGCGAGCUUUAGUUGUGUUGUGGUUGCAUUUCUCUUGUUGCUAGUUACCGUUUGAGAGUUUCAUUUUAUCUUGUUUUGGUGAGGAGAUUAUUAGGUUGAAUUCAAAGAGAGUGCUCUGUGAGUUUGUAACCCUAGACCAGGGGAAGAGAACACUGAUUGCUUCUGUUUCUUAAUGAAUUUGUUAUAAUCGGAAUAUCAGUUUGCAUUUUGUUUCCUUUUA